AUGACCGCCACCCCCGCUAUACUGCCUCAAUGGCGUGAUCUUCCCGUGUACUGGGACUGGAACUUUCGGCUGCUCAUUUGCGAGUCCUGUGGAUUUGCCCUAGGUCCUAACCAAGCGAGCAGUCACUUCUGGGAGAAACACCAGGUUUCUGUCGAGCAACGGCACGGUCUAACUGAGUACUUGCGUCAGCAUGACUUUCAAGAGCCUGCCAGCGUCGCUCCCCGACCACGAGGGGCCUCAGAACACCCGGCACUGCGGACCUACAAUGGCCUGGCUUGCCGCCUAUGCGAGACGUACUACACUAUAAACCUAGACAAUCUCUUAAAGCAUCUUCGACAUCAGCAUCCCGACCGGCCUCGGUCCUCGCGUCGGGCGGUGGAUCAACUUUAUGACGACGUGUACCUGCAGACGUGGAACCGUCAACCGUAUUGGAUUAUCAGUCGCGGCGGUCGUACGCUGCGGUUGGCCCAGGAACGCUCCACCUACGAUCAUCUGCAGGCUUUACAGGAGCGGGAACGGACCCGGCAUGCUGCAAUCCAGGCCGCCACCGUACAAGAUAGCGGUAUAGCCACACGCUCCUUCGAGAGCCUGCGUCCUUGGAUAGAACGUACUGGCUGGGAGCAAACCUACGAUGGGUUACAUCGCGAUCUCCUACGGCGAUUGACCGAGAUGCCUCUUCUAUAUAACAGCUGUGAGGAUCAUCGGCUGUGGUCUUCCCCUGGGGAGGCAGAUCUUGUGAGUCCAGCUGCAGAUGAGCGGGUGAUCUGGCGCAUUACGCAUGCGGUGGACUCCAUAUUGGAUUACUGCGAAGAGACCAUGCGGCAUACCGGUCGACCCAUUCUGUGCUAG